AUUCCCUCGGCGGGCCGAGCCGCCCCUCUCCCGCCCCUCCUCCUCCCUUUCCCACCCCUCGGAGUGGAGCUGCACAUGCGGCUGCUCCCUGCUCCGUCCCGCCCAGCCUCGGUCGCGCUGGAACGGGUCCCUGCAGCCCCCAGCCCAUGGCAGGACAGUAGCCGCCUGUCAGGGGUCGUGAACGGCUAAGGCAGACGCGGCGGCUCCCGGGCCUCAGAGAGUGGGCGUCUCCGGAGGCCAUGGGCUAUCCCGAGGUAGAGCGCAGGGAGCCCCUGCCCGCUGCAGCGCCGCGGGAGCGGGGGAGCCAGAGCUGCGGCUGUCGCGGGGCCCCUGCCCGGGCGGGCGAAGGGAACAGCUGCCGGCUCUUCCUGGGAUUCUUUGGCCUCUCGCUGGCCCUCCACCUGCUGACGUUGUGCUGCUACCUAGAGUUGCGCUCCGAGUUGCGGCGGGAACGGGGAGCCGAGUCCCGCCUUGGCGGCCCCGGCACCCCGGGCACUCCUGGCACCUCUGGCACCCUGAGCAGCCCCGGUGGCCUGGACCCCGACGGUCCCAUCACCCGCCACUUUGGGCAGCCGUCACUUCAGCAGCAGCCGCUAGAACCGGGAGAAACCACACUCCCCCCAGACUCCCAGGACGUGCACCAGAUGGCCCUUCUGAAUUUUUUCUUCCCUGAAGAAAAGUCAUAUUCUGAAGCAGAAAGUAGGCGUGUUCGUCGCAAUAAAAGAAGCAAAAGCAGUGAAGGAGCAGAUGGUCCAGUUAAAAAUAAGAAAAAGGGAAAGAAAGCAGGACCUCCUGGGCCCAAUGGUCCCCCAGGACCUCCAGGACCCCCAGGACCCCAGGGACCCCCAGGGAUUCCAGGAAUUCCUGGAAUUCCAGGAACAACUGUUAUGGGACCACCCGGCCCUCCAGGUCCUCCUGGUCCUCAAGGACCCCCUGGCAUCCAGGGACCUUCUGGUGCUGCUGAUAAAGCUGGAACUCGAGAAAACCAGCCCGCUGUGGUGCAUCUGCAGGGCCAAGGGUCAGCAAUUCAAGUCAAGAAUGAUCUUUCAGGUGGAGUGCUCAAUGACUGGUCUCGCAUCACUAUGAACCCCAAGGUGUUUAAGCUACAUCCCCGCAGCGGGGAGCUGGAGGUACUGGUGGACGGCACCUACUUCAUCUAUAGUCAGGUAGAAGUGUACUACAUCAACUUCACGGACUUUGCGAGCUAUGAAGUGGUGGUGGAUGAGAAGCCCUUCCUGCAGUGUACCCGCAGCAUCGAGACAGGCAAGACCAACUACAACACGUGUUACACGGCCGGUGUCUGCCUCCUCAAAGCCCGGCAGAAGAUCGCCGUGAAGAUGGUGCACGCCGACAUCUCCAUCAACAUGAGCAAGCACACCACCUUCUUUGGAGCCAUCAGGCUGGGCGAGGCUCCUGCAUCCUAGACUCCCCGCGAUUGGCCCCACCCAUGCCCCUGCCCCAGGUUUGGGAGCCGGGAGCCCCAGAACCUCUAAGUGCUGCUGUGGAGUGAGGUAUAUGGGUGUCGCAGCUGCAGAGAGAAAUACCCCACUGCUAUUUAUUCCCCAGUGACUCCAAGAUGACAAGGCCUGCUUGCCUUUCCAGAAUGACCUUGAGUUCACAGGACAGUUGAUGGAGGCCCAGGGAUGACAUGACGCAGAACCUUCUUCCUUGGCUCCAUGUUGACUCUUCAAGCUCAAGGUCCCUGUGUCAGAGUUACCGUUUGUUGCACUACAGUGAGGGUCCAGGGCAGCAGGCAAGAGAAAGCAGAGGUGUACUCCAGACUGUGGGGGAAAUGUCCAACCCUAAGGGGGCUGCUGCUCCUCUCUGGGGUGGGGGUGGGGGCACGGGUGGGUGACGGGGACGUGUUGCAGACUAAGGAGAUGGGCAGGGAGGGAAAAGGUGGGUGCCUGUGGCAGAGACCAAGGGAGAAACCUGCCAAGCGGGCAUCCUCGCCAGCUCUGUGCUGCAGCCAGCCAGAGGGUCAGAGAGCUCUUCCCACUCAGGCCAAGAGCCAGGCUUUGGGGACAGGAGGUGUGCUCUUCCUUGGAGCGGUUACAGGGACUGGCCACAAACCUGCCUGCAUGAGAACCUGAAGCCAGACUUAGGGCCACAUGUGUUUCACUUUGUUUACAGCUGUGCUUCAGGCUCAGAAAACUCCCUGGGUCCCCUCCCAAUUGCCCCCCUCCCAGCCUGACUAGACCUCCUGUCUUCUUUCUCCACAGAGCCUACCUCUGUCUGAGACAGGUGCCUAACCUGGGACCUGUGCUUAUGUGAGUCUGGCAUGCUCUUUCUAUUAACUGGGCACAGAGAAUCUUCCAUUUAAGAUUUAAGCAACACAAAUAUUCAUCUAGUCACGUUGUGUGGGGGGCCAAAGUGUUGGACUGGAUGACCUCCAGAAGUCCCUUCAAAUCCUAAUAUUUAUGCAGCUACCUUAAUAGCCUACUUAAAUUCCAAACCCUCGCCUGCCGCUGGGCCUUGGCAAGGCAGAGCUUUUCUGCCUGACCCAGAAAGGACGGCAUUUUCUUCCAGUUUGCUACAACUCAAGUGGUCAUUAGCCCAGGCCUUACCUGAAAGGGCAGCUUCUCACCAGAUCAUACGGUAGGACUGUCCAAGGGUCUUCUAAAUGCCUGGGCCCAGCCUGCUCCGAGGUGCUGGGUUUAACCCAAAGCUGGGAGGUCCGGUCUUGUCCACUCUGCUACUCUUGCUCCUUUUGAGGAGAUGCGGAAUAAGUUCUUUCGGACAGCUGAAAUUUACCAAGAGCAACAGGUACGCAUGCCUCAGUUGUGCCUUCCUUUCUAAGCAACUGCACUGCUUGGUCCUUCAAUUGUCAGGGCAGGAGGUGAUGGGCUGUGCCACCAUUGUCGGAUUGUUAAUGUCAGUCUUGCAAACCCAGGUGAAGCAAACGUGAGGCGUGUGUCUGGCCCCAGCUCCUAUAAAGUGCCUUAGACAGUCCUCAGUUGUAGCAGGAGCACAUGAGAAUUUCUCCUUAAAGUUUAGAAAGUAUUUCUCUAUUAUCUCCUUUGAUAAUGUUACAAAUCCCACUGUGUAGACGAGGCUCAGAGAGGUUAAGUGCCUUGACCGGGAUUUCACCCAGCUUAAGUCACGGGUCUGGGGUUCAUUCAUCCAGGUCUGACUCCAAAACUAUUCCAUUGCACUGCUGAAUUUUAUUGAAUUUGGGGUCCAGAGAGAACCAAUAAAAAUGGUAACCUCGACCCCAAAUCCUCGAGGGUUCUAGGGAGAAACCCAGAGAUGCUCAUUUUCAUCCCUUAAUGGUAACACCUGUUCUCUUGGCUGCCAGGGGCUCUGUGGCAGAAUAUAGUAGGACAUACCGUUGCGAAACGGCCAUCAGCCUUAGAGCUCUUGUGUUCAGAAGAAUCAUCUUGGCACCACGUCCAAGCAGCUAAGGCCUUCGCACCCACAGAACUUACACCCCUCAUGUAUGGAGCCCCUACUGCAAGUGAUUACCCUACAGAUGGGUUACAGCAGCUGGCCCACCUCCCACAGCUACUAAGUGACUCCCGUCUCUUCCGACCAUACCACAGACAACUCGGUACCAGCAGGAUCACUCAGGAAUGGCGGGAAGAGCAAGGACUGGUUCUAAAGCCCAAAGGCUGUGAGGAAGGGAAGGAAAGGGCUUCCUAACUGUGCCCCUAAAGGACAUUCUGACACCCAUGCUAUUCUCCCGAUAUGGAGGGCAUUGUUGGGGAACUAGGAUUCCCACAGGACCCAUUAUUCGUUGUGAACCCUCAAAGGGUACCCUAGAGGUAGCUGGGGAGCUCUGUUGCAGCCAAGUUAUUGGCGAAGUAUUGAAGCAAUGUACUAGUAAGAGAAUGUGGAAAUAGAGUUGCCGUUUGGAAUUAGGCAGUGGGCCAAGGCUGGCGUGGAGAAUGGGACGACACUGGGCAGCUAGCAGAUGACGGAUUUGCAGGACAAUUACAUGGUACAAAAGGCAGCUGUCAGGGGCUGCUCAGCUACUGGCUCCUUGGAGAAAGGAGUUUUAUAUCCCCCUUCAUCCAUCCUGAGCCACAUUUCUUUUGUUGAACAGGAAAGGGCUAGGAACCCUGGAGGUGAAAAAGACUUUGAUUCACAUGUGAGUCCGUGCGUUUUAUGUAGCUUCUGGUGGAUGCAAAUAGCUUCAGAGGACUUUACAGCUAGAAAGGCCCUGCGAGGGAUUCUAGCCCCACCUACAUUCGACCCCUUGUUACUCGUGUGGAAACUGAGGCCCAGAGAGGGCAGGUGGCCUGCCCAAGGUGAAUGAGCCACGGCUCGCAGACUCAGCAGAGUGAGUGGGUGGAGCAGUACCUGUCCCAUGCAGCCCCCCUCUAGCUCCUACCCACAGACUCAAGGCUGGAACGCUUGGCCCCCUUCAGGAGCCUGGCCAGGCAGGCAGAGAGUGGCUGCAGCCUUCAUCAGAACUCUUCCUCCCCUUAAGGCAUUCUCCCAGCUCCUGCCCCUGGGCUGGAAGGCUCUGGACUGGCCUAACACCAGGAAGUUGUGAGGCCGCCCUGGCACAGCCUCGGGCCCCAUUCCUGCCUGGAGGCUCUCCUAGACCUUGUGAGCACAAAGAAGGAACCGGGUUUUUCCUUUUACUCCAUUUCAGGGCUCUCUCCAAGCGGAGGUGGGAUAUGUGUCAUUUCUUUAGUCAGAAAGCUUCCAGCUGGGGUAGGGGUGGGCUUUGUUAUGGCCUGGAGCAGGCCCAGUGCUGCUUUGGGGGUCAGCAUCCAGUGUGAGAUACUGUGUACAUAAACUAUACAUAAUGUAUAUAAAGUGGGAUGUAAGUUUGUGUAAAUUAAUGGUUUAUUCUUUGCAAAUAAAGCUUUUUUC